GUUGUUAAACCAUCGUCUUAGAAGUAAAUACACAAAAUCCAGAGCGUUUGCGAUAAAUAUUUUUUGUAUAUUGUAAAAACGCAUAGAUACAAAAGAAAACUGGUUUUGUUCGAAAAAAAUUAAGGUUUUUGUUGGAAUCUUGGUAUUUAAAAUGAGCAGUGAUUAAAUUAAAUUUGUGAAACUAAAAAAUAAUACCUACCUACAUACAUAAAUACAUAAAAUAAAUAAAGUUGAAAAAGGAAAAUUAAUAAUCAUAAUAAUAAUAAAUAAAUAAAGUCAAAAUGCCCUGCUCUGCUGUAACGCUUUCUAUAGCCACUAUAUCCGCCAUUAUUGCAACUGCUUUAUUGGCAAUUGCAUUUUCCACAGAUAACUGGUUGCAUUACGAAGUGAAAAGAAACAACAUACAGACAUUUGCCGCCAAACACUCGGAUGCCGAAUCAUUAUUAAGUAAUUUAAAUAACAAAUACUACUAUUACACGAGAACACGAGGUUUAUUUAGGAUAUGCUAUCCCAAAGAAAGACCACCUACCAGUGCAGUGCCAACAUAUUUGUCACCGAUUGAGACGCACUGUUCAAACAUUGAUUAUUUCCCUCAAAUGGAUGAGGAUAAAAGUUAUAGUGAAGAUUCCACUUCAAGAUUACAUUUAGCUCGUUCCUGUGUGGCAAUGUUUAUAUUAAGCUUUAUAACAACAUUUUGUGCUUUUUGGACCGGUCUUUCUGGAUGCUGGAAAAGAUCAUCUGGUGCUAUAACAGCAACAUCAAUACUGUUAUUAGCGACAUGCCUGCUUGCGGCUGGUGCUAUGGGCCUUUGGCAUACCGUAGAAUUUUUUGAAAAGGAAAAAGUUGUUGGAGAGGAUUUUUACCAACAAUGGAAUACUGUCUUAAAGGACAACACCAAAAUUAGUUAUGACUGGUCUUACAUUGUUGCAUGGGCUGGAGUUGGAUCUUGUCUACUAUCGGCUAUACUAUUAUCGGGUGCUGCAGUCUGCUUGAGAAGUGAGCGCGAAAAGGAGGAACAACUAAAUUUACAAUACCUCAUGCCAGUUUAUUCACAAAAACAACCACCUUAUCCACCCUACGCCAAUUACCCUCAACCUCAAAUGUUUGCCGGUCCAUAUUACCAUGGGUCACAAUAUGGACCUUACAACUAUUAAGAAGGAAUACACCAUCAAUAUCACAAAUUUUCUAAGCCAAUUUUUUUUUCAUCAUUCCAAAUGUGUACCAAUUUAUGAAAUACGUUUUAAAGAUGGUGUAAACUACAUACAUAAUUAUUGGAUGAUUUAUAGAGACCGGAAAUUAAUAUCUAAAUAAAAAUUCUAGUGAACAUCAAAAUUAUUUAUUAUAAUCAACAUAUCGUACAUAUGUACAUACAAUAUUUUUUACUGUUUAUAUUUAAUUAUGUAUUUUAAAAGAAAGAAAACGUUACAUUGAACAAGAAAGGAGAAAUAUGUGUAUACAUAUUAAAUGUACGAACAAAAGACUUGAGUCAACGAUAUUAAACAUUUUUACAACGAACCUUAAGAAUAUAAGAAAUUAUUAUGUAUGUAAUUAUAUAUUAUACGUUACUAAGUCUACUCUGUAAGCUGCAAUCUUAAAUAUAUAUUAUAUUUGUCUUCCAAGAAUCAAUAAAGCUCACAACCUUUUAAUAAACUUAUUCAAAAUUUAGGAUAAAAUUUAUAUAUAGUUACAUAUGUACUGCAUUCAAUAAACAAUACAUACAUAUUUAGACUAAGUUUUAUUUUAAUAUAUAUAUACAUAUAUAUGUACUUACGAGUGUUUUUGACAAAAAUUUGUUGUAUAAAAAACUCACACAAAAUGCAAAUAAAUUUGUUUAUUAUCUUA